AAAUCUUGAUGGCAGUUUGCAUAAUCAAGGUUUGAUAUACGAAGCUUUUUCUAAAAUACAUGAAUGUGCAACAGAUAAAUAAUCGAGUUCGUAUUUCUUGUAAUUUUUGUGGAAAUUGGAGCUUAUAUAGCAAAAAAAAACCUCUUUUUUAAUUUCAUUUCCGUUAUGGUGAUUGUGUGGACUGUUUUUGUUGUAAUUUGAGAUACAGUUGCACUAUUUGAAAGAUAAAUUAAUAGAAAUGGGGAUUACUUGAUUAAUUAAAUUUGGAGAUAAUUUGUGAUUUUAAAUAGAUAGUAUGAUGGUGUAUUUGCAGAGUAGUAGUGAGUGAUGGUUAAGCAUAACAAUGUUAUCCCAAACGAGCACUUCAAGAAGCAUUGGCAGAACUAUGUGAAGACAUGGUUCAACCAACCUGCGCGUAAAACAAGGAGAUGCAAUGUCAGGCAAGCAAAGGCUGUUAAAGUAUUUCCAAGGCCAGCUGGAUCGCUUCGUCCUCAGGUUCAUUGUCAAACCUUGAAAUACAACAUGAAACUUAGGGAGGGUCGUGGAUUUUCUCUUGAAGAGUUGAAGGGUGCAGGUAUUCCAAAGAAACUUGCUCCAACAAUUGGUAUUGCUGUAGAUCAUCGUCGUAGGAACCGCUCUUUGGAAGGUUUGCAAGCGAAUGUCCAGAGGCUAAAAACCUUUAAGGCUAAGCUAGUAAUCUUCCCAAGGCGCACAAGGAAAACUAAGGCGGGUGACUCAACACCCGAGGAGCUUGCAAAUGCUACUCAAGUGCAUGGUCAAGUGUUACCGAUUGUGAGGGAGAAGCCAGUUGUUGAACUUGUGAAGAUUACUGAAGAGAUGAAAUCAUUUAAUGCUUAUGCUAAACUUCGUGUUGAAAGAACAAACAAACGUCACUUGGGUGCUCGCCUCAAGAGGGCUGCAGAGGCCGAGAAGGAAGAAAAAAAAUAAUAACCAAAAUUAUAUUUUUCAGUGUUUAUUUUUACUUUUAUUUUUAAAUAUGUUUAAAGAUUCUGCUUUGGAGACCUUGUGGUUGAUUUGGUUUGAAUUUUAAUUGUUUUGAAUUAGUUGCUUCGCUAAUCAUACG